UUUAACCAUUGCAUCUCUGCUUGCUUAAGGAGGUAUGAGCCAUUCCUGAUGACGAUAUCUUAUGCGUGACUGAUAUUUUGCGUCACUGGAAUAGGCGCGGCUUUUUACGGGUAUGCGCCAUUGCAACAAGCCACUUAAGGCAUUUUCCUUAAGACGAACGGAAUGGCUUCACGAAGAUUCUUUUCUUCACGAAGAGUUCGCUAGGUAAGGCUGGCUUAGUGACAUAAUGCUCCCUCCUAGCACAUUCAACUUACUCCGUGGCUCGCAUUGUCACGUGGCGCUUCCUUCUGAGCGCGGCGCGGAUCUCCACUCGAUGAAAUCGAGCCCCCUUUGCAAAGACGGGGGCAUCCUUUUCCCUAGAACUCGAACACUUGAAUGUUCCCGCAAAAACAUUUAAUGACACAGACAUCUUUGUAGUUAAAUGUCUAGAAACAUUUGACUUUCAAGAACAUCAACGUACUUUUACGUGGUGCAUCUCGUUCAUCUUUUUUUUCCUUUUCAGCUACUACAAAGUACCAUCUCUUAGCACGUGACACCACCGCGAGGCAGAGAAGAAGAAGAUCGCGACCAGCUGCGGUGCCUGCGCUUGUCCUCAGCUCCUAAAGAUUAAAAAAAAAAAAGCUAGGGGAAAGAAGGCCGGCGAGACACCCGAUGUUCGUGGACAAGUUACAACUGUGGUCGAAGCACAUCUUCCUCAGCGCUCCUCUCGUUCUGCUGCCCGUCGUGGUCGUUUUGGGCAACAAGCCGGCUCAGUGCGCCUACGUCAUGGCCUGGAUGGCGUUCUACUGGAUAACAGAGCUGCUUCCGCUUCCGGUGACGUCACUGAUGCCUGUGGUUCUGUUUCCUCUCCUGGACAUUCUCCCGGCCGAAGAGACAACUUACUUCUAUUUCAACGACUUGUGCAGCGUGAUAUUCGGCUCCCUUCUGGUCAUGCUCGGCGUGAAGGAAACGGGCUUGGCCAAGCGCAUCGCUCUGCGCAUACUCUACUUCGUUGGAACGCGCAGCUCCAGGCUCCUGUUCGUGUUCAUGGUGGCGUGCGCCUCGCUGUCCAUGUGGUUGCCCAACACGGCCGUCACGACCCUCGUGGCUCCCGUGGCGAUGGCGAUCAUCGACCAGAUGAAAGUCACCACUAAGAUCAGGAGGAGGUCGAGUUGCCGGACGAGGUGA